UUCUGCAUGUUCAGCAAAUACACCCAUCUAAUACCAUCAUCAUUAUCACGAUCCCCGUUGCUCCCAUAACACACAUCACGUUACAUCAUGGCGCCGACCGCAAAUUGGAGGCAGUACCAGUCGAGUAAUAGCACCACUUCUGGCCGCAGCGACAACAGCACCGCUUCAGGCCACAGCGACCACAGCGCUCACAGCGCCCGUUCCUACGACACAGCGCCGACAGAGUACAGCGACCGGAGACCGUCGCUACUGCACAGCGAAACAUGCCAUCCCCGCGUACAAGGACGCGGCCGGGAACCAGACUACUUUGUGCCUCAACACCAGGUCGACCGGUAUCCACAGCCCCCGCCCCGCGCAUCCGUCGACACAUAUGCCUCGACAUCAGAAGAAGACCUUGCCGAUGAGGCCGAUGAUAUGCCCGACUACGAUGUGCCUACAUACCGACACGAGCCGCUAGCUUGCGAUGCCAUCCCUACCACACCCCGCGACUUUGGGGAGCUCUUCCCUACAUCUAAGCGCUUAUCAAUACGCCACGACGACUCCACCAUAGACGGAAACAUGAAUCUGAGGGUGGACACACAGGUCGAGGAACGCGGACACCGGAAACAGAACUACACCCUCUUCCACCUCCGCAUGCAAGAUCUUCGCACACGUCAAUUCUCCCUCCGCCGGUACUGCAGAGAGUCAGGACGCGAAGUCUGCCAUUCGACGCGCAAGUAUCAGAAGCCCGCUGCGGAGAUGCGACCAGUCCUGCAACGCGCAAGCACAGCCCUCGCUAGUUUGGUCAAAUCCGACUCUCGCCCCUCGACAUCAGCUGGUCUGAAGCGGGCCGACUCCGGCUAUGACUCCGUACAGGGCAGUGUUCAUGACGACGACGACGAUAUGCCAUCUGAGUCACGCCCUAAAGCUGUGGGCUAUUCCAAAGGCCGCGCAUUAAUACCCACCAAUACCAUCAAGCUCGAGUUUUCGAAUUACGCGCAUCUCGAUGUGAAGCGCCGCGGUGCCAAGUCAUUCAAGAAGUACGCUUUCGAAUACUGGGGCAACAACUAUUCCUGGAAACGCAUCGUCAAGAAGGAAGGCCGCGAACAACAUGAGUCUGUCUCUUAUUAUCUUGUCCGCGACGACAACGAUAAGGAGCCGCUAGCGCACAUCUGCCCCGUACGCUUGACUCGUGAAGAGGCACAUGAGGAGGCUGCCCGCGGGGGCUGGAUCCCACCGUGUUAUAUGCGUGUUACAGAUGACAAAAUCCUGUACUCGGACUCGGACAUCUCUGAUGUUGUUAUGGCGACAGGCCUCAUGGCUCUUGUAGACGACUGCAUCAAGCGACGCUUCCACUCCAAGCAGAGCACAACGAUGCAUAUCCCACUCCUCCGAAAUCCUUCCUUCAAGGUGGCCAACCUAGAAUACAUUGGUCCCAAACGCCUCAUCGAUGAGAUGUUCAACCGAAAACAUCAAGACGGUAACUUGUCAAAGAGACAGCCGUCGUCAGCACGUCGUGUACCCACAUCAGUCUAGCGUUUUCUUUAUUUAGCUCAAGUUUGACCAGCGGAAAUCCGCUGCGUUGGCGCAAAGUUUAUCUGCACCAGGAAGUUGCAGCACGUUCUCCCAUCUUGUACAACCAGCCUGUCAGAACUCUUCUGUUGGGAUGGUCGCCUGUAGGCAGUUGCUGUUCUUGCAUUUUUGGUGCUCAGUUUCUCUUUUACACCUUGGUGUCCGGCAUGCGCAUGAUCUUCUGGUCUGCAGCAUGCGUAGCGUUGUUUGUUUGUUGCAUUUGUUGAGCCCUUUAUCGUUACACAGGAUACCAAUCGGCGUGGAUGUCCUGCACAUGCACAUAAUGCCGCCCCUUUUGGUUUACGAAUCGCCACGUUAUCAUUCUUGGAUCGAUACAUACUUGGAUCGCAGUUACGAUACCACAUUUUGGAACGAAUAAUGACCUGAGCUCAUUUGCUCUUUACCUUUGGUUCAUAAUCUGCCACACGUGAGGGUUUU